AAUCUUGAAGGCAGCUGUAGUUUCUUAUUGGAUACGGCAAGGCAGUACUAACCGAGUUAAAUUCGAUAGCUGAGAAAUAUAAUUAGCUAGAUGCAUGUAUUUUCAUUCUUUUUAGCAUUUGAUUGUUUAUAAUAAUCUUGUUAUUGUCUUCCUGUGCAGUCAAUGACAGCUUAGUGCGUGGCAGAAAAGUGGAGUAAGUGUGCGUUCUGUAUUCAAAAAUUAAGAAAUGGCAGACCAAUCAUUUAUUCUGUCUGCACCAGGAAAGGUGAUACUUCAUGGAGAACAUGCAGUGGUUUAUGGGAAGAUUGCAAUAGCAAUUGGUGUAAAUUUAAGAACAUUCCUUCGACUACAGCCCUGUGACAAUGGAAAAGUUACCCUAAGUUUACCAAAUACUGACACCCAUGUGAGCUGGAACCUGCAUGAGCUCGAAUCACUAACAUCAGCAUAUUAUCAAAAUGACUUGGUUAAUCCCCUUCCCCUGUUGCCUGAGCAAAUUGAAAAGCUCAGACAGUUUUCAGGGAUUCCAGCUGGAGACGCAGACACCAGGAUCCUUGCUGUUCUAGCCUUUCUGUAUUUGUAUCUUUCUAUUUUUGCCAAGUCCAGGUUGCCAAGUUUGAAGAUUGUAGUAUGGUCUGAGCUGCCCACAGGAGCUGGCCUAGGAUCCAGUGCUGCUUAUUCUGUCUGCAUGGCAGCUGCUCUGUUAAAUGCUGGUAGUGUAAUUAGCCACUGCCCACUGGAUGGGGUGGAGACAGCAAGGUGGAACGAAAAUGAGUUGGAUAUUAUUAACAAGUGGGCUUUUCAAGGUGAAAAAAUAAUUCAUGGAAACCCAUCUGGGGUCGAUAAUGCUGUUGGCACUUGGGGUGGUGCACUAAAAUACAAGGCUGGAGAAAUCACACCAUUGAAAAGGGUACCAGUUUUAAGGAUUCUUCUGACAAAUACCAAGGUACCUCGAAGCACAAAAAUCCUGGUAGCAGGAGUACGAGACAGACUUAAAAAGUUUCCUGGUAUAAUAAAUCCCGUUCUGGAUUCAAUAGAUGCAGUGUCAUGCAAAUGUGAACAUGUUCUGGAAGAAAUUGCUGAGCAUCCUUCUUUAAGUCACUACUGUGUUUUAGAGGAACUAUUCGAUAUAAACCAGCAGCACCUAAAUGUGUUAGGCGUAGGUCAUCCUUCUUUGGAUAGGUUGUGCCAAGUGACUUUGUCACAUGGACUGCACAGUAAGCUGACUGGGGCAGGAGGUGGCGGCUGUGGAAUCACAUUACUAAGGCCAGAUACUGACGCUUCAGUAAUAGUAGCUGUUUUGCAAGAGUUGAGAGACUGUGGCUAUGACUGCUGGGAAACGAACAUCGGAGCACCAGGAGUGUCACUUCACGUACCGUCAGCCCUCAGAGAAGAAAUUCUGCAUGCUGUCAGUGGACUGUGAUGCUAUUAGAGUUGAUGAAUGGAUUCAGUUUUAUCAAUGUCUGAAAUAUAAAAAAAGUGGCAUACUUCAUUUCUGCGCAGUAAAAUGGACCAACUUGAAGUGUUACAAAAACAGACUGAAUACAUAUGUUGUAUAAUUCAAAUAGGCCACAGAUAGGAUACAGAUAUUUUAAACUGCUGUAUGACGAUUGACUGAUAUGAAUGUUAAUUUAAGGCACCAUAACACUUUUAAGAAGCUCUUCAAGGAACAUUAAAUAAGCUUUCAAAACAGAUUAACUUUGGAAGAAUGGAAGAAUUUUUUACAUAGGUAAUGGUGUGGGGCAGUGAUUUGCAGUUGGUGUAAUAUAUUACUUUACUGAACGAUGUAUCAAGGGGAUUUGGCUUUGUGAAAAAAAAUGCAGAACUGCUUCCUUUUCUUUCUGCAAUAUUUAUAUGUAGAAUUCCAUGCUAUAUGCACAUACUUUUAAUGCAUUGUAUUAAUAUACUGAGCCAGAAUGCAUCAUUGGCAUUUGGCAUAGUGGAAAAAAUGUAUGUCAUUACUUUCUGCUAUAAUUACAUCAUGCAAGAUUAAUAUGUAUAUAGAUAGUUUAAUAUCUGGUGCUUACUUGUCCUCUAAAAUAACUUAAACAUUUUUUUUUCCAAAAUCUUGAACUAUAUUUAAGAAAAAAAGUAAAUCUAAUAAAGUUUUACCAACCUUUAUUAAGACAGCGUAAAUAUUCAGACUUUUACUUUUAUUUCUUAGUCAAGAUUGUAACAGUUACUGUUUUAUAAAUAUUGUCCAACAGCAGAUGAGCUUCAGUACCAUUUUGAAUUUUAAUGCUUAUUACUAUUCAGUGUUGUGUAUUCAUAUCUGUUAUACUGUAACAUGUAUGUGUACUUAUCUCUGCACUCUGCCCAGGCUGUUGCUUAAAAGGUACACUCACCAGGUCAAAAAACAAAAACAAAUCGGAUAAGGUACUAUAGGUAGUGAUGUCGGCUUUCUGCAAUUUCACCGAUUAGUUAAAUGCCUAGAGGUGACCUGCUGGGUUCAUGGCACGGAGAGGAGGGUCUGACUGUAACCCAAAUGACUUGUGAUCAGUUACUGACCUGGGCAGUAGAGAAUCUGGCAAUGGUGGGUGGGAGUCUGUGGUUGACUCUAACUUGCCCAUUCAAAAGGAGGGAGGCAGAAUAGCCCAUAUUGGGAUAUGGAAGAUAGGCUGCAUGGCCCAUCCAGUGAGAAGGCAGGGAGGCAGCAUGGCCCAUCUUGUGAUUAGGGAGGAAGGCAGUGUGGUCCAUCUUGUGAUUAGGGAUGGAGGCAGCAUGGCCCAUCCUCGGAGGAAGGAAGGAGGCAGCAUGGCCUAUCCUGGGAAGAAGGAGGGAGGCAGUGUGGCCCAUCCUGGGAAGAAGGAGGGAGGCAGCAUGGCCAAUCCUGGGAAGAAGGAGGGAGGCAGCAUGCCCCAUCCUGGGAGGAGGGAGAGAGGCAGUCAGGCAGCGUGUUCCAUCCUGGGAGGAGGGAGGCAGCACUGCCCAUUCUUGGAGGAGGGAAGCAGUAUGACCCAUCCUUGGAGGAGGGUGGGAAGCAGCAUGGCCCAUCCUGUAAGAAGAGAGGGAGGCAGCAUGGCCCAUCCUGUGAGAAGGGAGGGAGGCAGCAUGGCCCAUUCUGUGAGAAGGGAAGCAGGCAGCAUGGCCCAUUCUGUGAGAAGGGAGGGAGGGCAGCAUGGCCCAUCCUGGGAGGAAGAAGGGAGGCAGCAUGGCCCAUCUUGGGAGAAGGAGGGUGAAAAGCAGCAUGGC